UUCACUGUCUCGGUCUCGCAGUCGCAGAAUCAUAUCCACGUCGCAGUCUCGAAGUCGCAGAAGCAGAUCCAGAAAGGUAGUUUCUUCUCUCUCGUUUCUCGCUCAACUGUGUAGAAAAAGGAAGUUCGAUUUUGAGAUCUAAUACCACUGUUGUGACACUGCGGUUGAGCUCAAAUACUACCGCCAAGGAAGAACAUUGGUUACUGUUAGUGAGGCCUUUUCCGAGUCUGUUCAGAGCCGCAAGCAGGUGUCCCAAUGUUCGAGUGUCGGCUUCAGCUGGAUUCAAUAUCUCGAGCACGUGCGAAUGCAAUGCUGGCAUCACAUUCACUAAACAGGACAACGGAUCCCGUCUCUGAUCAUUGAUAUUUCCAUCAACUGGAUUUCGUGUUGCUCCUGGCCGAAAUUUUGCUCUAGGUCACUCAGUCACUUGAUUCAUAUCUUAAAAAAGAAUAAACAAAGUUGAAGAAGCAAGCGGCGGCCGUCAUGGAUUCAUCGCCGCCGAAGACUAUCACCAAUAGGCUGCCGCGUUUCUCUGAACUCAAACCUCCGCUCUCAGAAGAUAUCAUCGAGGCGCUUAACUGGUCCGGUUUUGAGGUCUGCACUCCGGUUCAGGCCGAGACGAUCCCUUUGCUCUGCAGCCACAAGGAUGUUGCCGUGGACGCAGCCACUGGUUCUGGAAAAACCCUAGCUUUUCUCCUUCCCCUAGUAGAGAUUAUCCGUCGAUCCAGCUCCUACCCUCCGAAGCCACACCAGGUAAUGGGGGUGAUUGUAUCUCCAACGAGAGAGCUAUCAGCGCAGAUACAUAAAGUGGCUCAGCCGUUUGUCUCGACUUUGCCUAACGUGAACUCUGUUCUGCUUGUUGGAGGUCGAGACGUUGAAGCUGACAUGAAUACUCUCGAAGAAGAAGGAGCCAAUCUCUUGAUCGGCACCCCUGGAAGGCUUUCAGAUAUAAUGAAACGAAUGGAGUUUCUUGAUUUCCGAGAUGUUGAGAUUCUUAUCUUAGAUGAGGCUGAUAGACUUUUGGAUAUGGGGUUCCAGAAGCAGGUCAAUUACAUUAUCUCUCGCUUACCAAAGCAACGUAGGACUGGACUCUUUUCAGCUACACAAACACAAGCUGUUGCAGAGCUGGCCAAGGCUGGCCUUAGGAAUGCUAUGCAAGUUCAAUCGGGAGCUGAGUCUAAGUCCAAAACGCCUUCUGGUCUGUAUUGUGAGUAUUUGGAAUGCGAAGCAGAUCAAAAGUCAUCACAACUAGUGCAUCUCUUGAUCGAGAACAAAAAUAAAAAGCUUAUUGUAUUCUUCAUGACAUGUGCUUGUGUUGAUUACUGGGGACUCGUACUUUCGAAAAUUCAUAGCCUCAAGUCCAUUUCCUUCUUUCCCACCCAUGGGAAGAUGGAUCAGAAAGCUAGAGACAAGGCAUUAGCUUCGUUUACAGAGGCAUCAAGCGGUGUCCUUCUAUGCACAGAUGUCGCUGCACGCGGACUUGACAUUCCAGGCAUCGAUUACGUUGUUCAGUAUGACCCCCCACAAGACCCAGAUGUAUUUAUCCAUAGGGUUGGCAGGACUGCAAGAAUGGAAAGACAAGGGAGGGCCAUUGUGUUUUUAAUGCCCAAGGAGAUAGACUAUGUAGAGUUCAUGCACAGACGAAAGGUCCCUCUUCAGAAGAGAAAAUGCUCUGAGAACGCUUCUGAUGUUAUCCCGAUUAUACGUUCACUAGCCAUCAAGGACCGGGCAGUGUUGGAGAAGGGAUUACAGGCAUUUGUUUCCUUUGUCCGUGCUUAUAAGGAGCAUCACUGCUCUUACAUUUUCAGUUGGAAAGGACUUGAAAUCGGGAAAUUAGCCAUGGGAUAUGGGAUCUUGUCUUUUCCUUACAUAUCAGAAGUUAAACAAGACAGAAUUGGCAUUGUCGGUUUUACACCUGUCCAAGGCAUCACGUUUGAGGACAUAAAAUUCAAGAACAAGUCUCGGGAGAAACAAAGACAGCAAAACUUACUAGCAAGGAAAGAGAAACCGCAACAAGAGAAACGCAAGAAAAGCUCCAAAGUGGCGGUUGAUGAUUCUAACAAAGCGUCGAGAAAGAGAAAGUUAACGGGGAGGCAAAGACAAACUAUCCAAACAGCUCAAGAUGAAAAAGAAAUGAAUGGAGAUUAUAGCUUACUGAAAAAACUGAAGAAAGGUUCAAUUACAGAAGAUGAUUUUGCAAAACUUACAGGAGCAGCUGAUGAUUUUGUCUGAUAAAAGAAAGAAGCAAGAAAACCUUUCAGGCUUGUUGGACUAGAGCUGCAGAGAUGUCAACGACUAUUUAUUAUAACAGAGAAUUAAAGAUAGAACCAAAAGACAUUUUGCUUUUUUUUUUUCUUUUUUUUUGUCAUCGCGAUUAGAUCAUAUAUUACAUAA